AUGAAUGAACAUCAAUCGGAUGCAUCUGAAUCGAUUUCUAGUGAGGAAAAUAUCGAUUUGGAUAAUGUGUCAAGUGAUGAAGCUUCACGAUUGGAUAAUGGGAAUCCAUUGGGCGAAAAAGUUCGAGCAACAAAUUUGCAAUUAUUAAUGGAUAUUACGGAAAAACAGAUCAAGCAACUCGACGAACUUUUGAACACCGCGCAGUUCGAUGAUGAUAUUCUGAAUCCAACGCGAUUCAUGAAUUUCCGAAGGCGACGAGAUCGCGGAAAACAAUUCUAUCGUGGACACAUGCGAUAUAUUAGGCCUUGUGGUUCAGAGCGACAUGCGAUUCGACUAGAAGGCCGAUAUCGAGACGGCGAUGAGUGGCUGAAAAUGAACGGCAAUCGCGACGAAUGGCCCGUCGCCUACAUCGGAACCAAGUUGACAAGUCGACUGGCCGAUUGUGCCGAAUUCAAUGACAACGAAAUUGUCUUCUGCACACCGGAUCCACAAAUCGCUUUGAAAUAUUCAGAAGUCAAAUGUGUUUAUGUAAUCGCAAUCAUUUAA